GAAAGAUGGAGGAGCGAUGUAUCUGUGCCCCGCUGCUAGCGGAGUCAGAUACUGAAAAUAACAUUAUUUUGACUCAUAACGUUGCUUCUGUAUCAGAUGCUGACACAGUAAUAAACACUAAUAAUACCAAUAGUUCACAGAUUGAAGGUGAGUUCAUUAAGAACGUGAAAUUACAGCGUCUGGUGAAUUGAUGCCCAGUUCGUAGCAAGCUAGCUAGCAAUGCUGACGUUAGCUAAGGGCGUUCUCAAAGUUAGCGAGCUAGCUAGCUGUUAAAUGUCGAAUUAGGCACUUUAGCCUAUGGUGAGAUCAACUUUAACUAGCUAGUUAUCCGAUAGGACUACUUUCCGUCAGUUAACAAGCGUGUCUUUCCCAUUUGAACGUCGUUUUGCGCAUAUCCUUGUAAUCACUCUGCUAUCUAACUAUUAGCUAUACGUUCGUUAGCUAGCUAGGACCCACUGGACUGGGAGGCCCUAAAAUAGCUGCCAUUGCAUUGAAGCCAAUUUGCUAGCACAAUCCCCCCACUACAGUUGCUGUCACAUUGGAUGGGUUAGCACGAAAUGAUUAACUAGUUAUUCAACUCCUAUUCAAUCAGAACCGGUGCAUGGGUUAAGAAACUAGCUACUAUACACAGCAAGGAAAACAUUUUUUGUCUUGCCUGGGUCACCAGUCUUGAAAUAGGGUAUUGGCUAAUUUAUUCAAAACUUUGCUGCCUAACUAGCUAAACAAUGUUACAGCGUGUUACCUCUUGUGAAACUUUUUGACUUGUGUAGUAUUACAUUCAAUUACAUUAUUAGGCAUAGCCUAGGCUAUCUCUACACACAGUGCUCAAUAUGACUGUCUGGAGAGAGUAUGCAAUACCAAUAGGUUGUCAACACCAACAAACAGCUGUUUUCAUUCCAUUGCUAUACUUUUUAGAAGUUUACUUAAUAUAACUAUAUAACUUGUGCAGUAGUAAAUCGUAGUAAGGGACUUUAAUGCAAUUUUUGUCAAUUCACAUCAGCCAUAUUGAAAAUGCCCACACGCUGGUGUUCAAACCUUCUGAACAUCAAGUUCUGUUCUAUUUCUGCUAUCUUGUUUACCAUCACUAAAGGGUGCGGUUAACAUUUGGUAAGUACUGUACUUUAAAGUAGUAUAUGUGUGUAGAAAUCCAGUUUCUUUAUUGGACAUUUUGAAAGUGAAGGUUGUGGAAGCAAUAGCCAUUGUGAGUUCUAGAGGCAGCAAUAGCACUAAGUGCACUUAGUUCAUUCUCCAUGAGAUUGUAGAUGGUUUUGAAACGAAGAUUUAUAACUCCAAGAUUCAAGCACUGGCAUGCAUCAAUGAACCUGGGAUGUAGCCUGCCGGUGAAUCAUUGUUCUCCAUGCAGUCAUCUCAAAAUUAGGAGAGCCAACAAGUGGGAAAGGAAACAUAGCUGAUUUAGAAAUUAAUAUUUCAGCGUGUGAGAAUGCUUUAGAGAUGCUAGUGCAAAUGACGUGUUGGUUUGACACAGGCAUGAAUUAAUCAUCAUAUUGUAUGUCAGUGAGUGUAGUCAAGGCAAAAUAUGGGCACUUUAUAAUCAAGACAGAUAAGUUAUCAGUAACAUUAUGAGUAGUGUUUUUAAGGCCUACUUUACGGUUUAUGAUCGGGAUACAGUUAACAUUAUUUGUGACCAGGCAGAGGAACAGUGCAUUGUCCUCACCCAAAGUUACAGCCACAUCUGUUAAUUCAAUUUCAGACCUUCCUUCUAAAGGAAGAUGGUAGUGUACAUUAUACAUUGUCUGCAUGCAGUAUUUUUUGCUUUCUGUUAUUAUAUUUCAGAAUGAGCCUUGACAACAUUUGGAAUGAUCAAUUCAGUAAAAGUGAUAGUGAGUAAGAGUGUUAUGGGUUCCGACAGCUGACACUUGGAAUAUAUUAUGUAGUGAAGAAGAUACUGUACAUGUAAUGAACUGAUCUCUCACCCUACGCAAUCGACACAGUAGGUUAGACUCACUGAUUUUCAUACCAGUUUAUCGCAUUUUUUUAUUUUAUUUAUUUUUUCACUUUAUUUAACCAGGUAAACCAGUUGAGAACAAGUUCUCAUUUACAACUGCGACCUGGCCAAGAUAAAGCAAAGCAGUGCGAUAAAAACAACACAGAGUUACAUAUGGGGUAAAACAAAACAAAGUCAAAAAUACAACAGAAAUACAUAUAAUAUACAGUGUGCAAAUUUAGCAAGUUAUGGAGGUAAGGCAAUAAAAUAGGCUAUAGUGCAAAAUAAUUACAAUUAGUAUUAACACUGGAAUGAUAGAUGUGCAAGAGAUGAUGUGCAAAUAGAGAUACUGGGGUACAAAUGAGCAAAAUAAAUAACAAUAUAUGGAUGAGGUAGUUGGGCAGGCUAAUUUCAGAUGGGCUGUGUACAGGUGCAGUGAUCAGUAAGGUGCUCUGACAACUGAUGCUUAAAGUUAGUGAGGGAGAUAAGUGUCUCCAGCUUAAGAGAUUUUUGCAAUUUGUUCCAGUCAUUGGACGUCUCAACACUUGUGUUUAAAGGGGCACCACUUUCUAACCUCACAUUCAUGAUCUCCAGCACCAUAUCAGUGUCUACAUUAUGUGGAAGCGGUGAUUUGUCUACGUUCUGUUGUAAAAAUUAUCAGAAGAAAAGGUCCUAAUGACCCCCGAAUUACAUUACAACUUAUCAAUCUAAUAUGAAUCAAAGUAGUGCAUUAGUGUUACUGUAGGUCACACAUGAACAUUUAAACAUUAGUGGGGAAAUUCACUUGCAACAAAGACUGACAUUGAUAUAUUGCAAGACUCAGGUUUGGCAGUCGUUGGGUCGAGAAAAUUGUAUUUGAGUAGUGAGGUUGGUUCUUUAUAGUUGUACUUCAUAGUUUCAGUCUCCCCACGAAAUGGUCACAUUUCCCUACUCUUACAACCUGCCCUCUCCAUUCUGUCAAUGUCCAAACAUUUUCUCAUUCAUCUGCACACAUGGACUAAGAUGUUGACUUGAGUGAAGACCUAUGGUCACUCUUAACUCAGAUGCUGCUUUCAAUAACCUCAAUGUUUCAUAGUUAUUUUAUUUUUGGCUUGAUUAUGUCCCAAGUUCUCUUUUGUGUUUUCUUUCAACUUUAUUAUCCAUUUCACACAGUGAUUCAUGCAAUCAUAACAUCAACAGAUAUGCUCUAUUUUUCACAGCAUGGUACACUUGAAAAAAUAUUUAUCUUCUGUUUUGAGGGUUUCAUUUGUCUUGUGAAUAUAUUGCCUUUCAUCCAGGCAGUUUUUUGUUCAGAAUGUUCUCUGAACAUUCAAAAAUGUUAAAGGAGUGUUCUCUGUUCCCAGCAGACUUGGGAGAAAGUGACCUCCUGAAGGGUCUCUUCACGGACAGCCACUGCCAUGUGUGUGAGGCUUCUCUGCUGUUCGUGUCCCAGAGGAUUGCACACUACGAGGUAUGUGAGUGUGUGUCCGUCUUCCACGUCUCAACACUUGUGUUUUAAUUAUGAUAACCAAUAACAUUUAAACAGUACAUUCCUUUAGGUCUCAACGCACUUGACAUUGUUUGGGGGUAACUCGCUCCACCCGCCACCAAUGUGUCUGUCUACCCACCAACCCAAGUUUAAUUCAACAGAAACCAUCUAUCUUCCUCAUCAUAUUUUAGUGUGUUCAUUUUACGAGUUGAAUGUCUUACUGUUAGCCAACUGUACAGUUUGAGCUCCUCCUCUGAAUGCAGGGAAAGAAGCAUGCCCAGAAAGUGAGACUCUACGUGCAGACCAAGAAAGAUGAGAAACGAAGUAAAGACUUCCAGGUAAGACUUUGAUGGAACAGAUGCCUUGACACAAUGUUAUUUGCAUUGGUGUGUGUGUGUACAUCCAGCUUCUAGUAACGAUUGUAUGAACCCAAUCACGAUGAAAUCACAACUAGGCAUUGUGUUGACGUUCCAACCAUCAGAAUGCCAUGAUCGUAACCCUAAAGUGUUAUAGUAAAGGGUCCAACACGAUCCAGGUGAAAUCGAUAAGCUUCUAGAGAGCAUUAUUGUUACUUCCUCUGAAGGGUUAAGGACUAUCAUGUUAUUGUUACCAUUAUGAGUGUGGGCGUCUGAUGUUGUGUUGAGCAGAGAGGAAUCACUAUGGACAAGGACCGCUUCUGUGAGCUAUGCAGCAUGGUGUUCAGUUCUCCGGUGGUGGCCCGCUCCCACUACGACGGCAAGGUCCACGCCAAGAAGAUGAGGAGAAAGGGCCUCUAUCCCACCACCCAGCCAGCAGGUUAGUACUGCCUACGUAUAUCACACUAUCUAAUAGACAGGUUAGUAAAGCCUAUAUCACUGUCUAAUAGACAGGUUAGUACUGCCUAUAACACUCUGUCUAAUAGACAGGUUAGUACUGCCUAUAUGAUUAUCUAAUAGACAGGUUAGUACUGACUAUAUCACUCUGUCUAAUAGAAAGGUUAGUACUGCCUAUAUGAUUAUCUAAUAGACAGGUUAGUACUGACUAUAUCACUCUGUCUAAUAGACAGGUUAGUACUGCCUAUAUCACUCUGUCUAAUAGAAAGGUUAGUACUGCCUAUAUGAUUAUCUAAUAGACAGGUUAGUACUGACUAUAUCACUCUGUCUAAUAGACAGGUUAGUACUGCCUAUAUCACUCUGUCUAAUAGACAGGUUAGUACAGCCUAUAUCACUCUGUCUAAUAGACAGGUUAGUACUGACUAUAUCACUCUGUCUAAUAGACAGGUUAGUACUACCUAUAUCACUCUGUCUAAUAGACAGGUUAGUACUUCCUAUAUCACUCUGUCUAAUAGACAGGUUAGUACUGACUAUAUCACUCUGUCUAAUAGACAGGUUAGUACUUCCUAUAUCACUCUGUCUAAUAGACAGGUUAGUACUGACUAUAUCACUCUGUCUAAUAGACAGGUUAGUACUGCCUAUAUCACUCUGUCUAAUAGAAAGGUUAGUACUGCCUAUAUGAUUAUCUAAUAGACAGGUUAGUACUGACUAUAUCACUCUGUCUAAUAGACAGGUUAGUACUGCCUAUAUCACUCUGUCUAAUAGACAGGUUAGUACAGCCUAUAUCACUCUGUCUAAUAGACAGGUUAGUACUGACUAUAUCACUCUGUCUAAUAGACAGGUUAGUACUACCUAUAUCACUCUGUCUAAUAGACAGGUGAGUACAGCCUAUAUCACUCUGUCUAAUAGACAGGUUAGUACAGCAUAUAACACUCUGUCUAAUAGACAGGUUAGUACAGCUUAUAUCACUCUGUCUAAUAGACAGGUUAGUACAGCCUAUAUCACUCUGUCUAAUAGAAAGGUUAGUACAAGCCUAUAUCACUCUGUCUGAUAGACAGGUUAGUACUGCCUAUAUCACUCUGUCUAAUAUACAGGUUAGUACAGCCUAUAUGUCUUUCUAAUAGACAGGUUAGUACUGCUUAUAUCACUCUGUCUAAUAGACAGGUUAGUACUGCCUAUAUGACUGUCUAAUAGAAAGGUUAGUACUGCCUAUAUGAUUAUCUAAUAGACAGGUUAGUACAGCAUAUAACACUCUGUCUAAUAGACAGGUUAGUACAGCUUAUAUCACUCUGUCUAAUAGACAGGUUAGUACUGCCUAUAUCACUCUGUCUGAUAGACAGGUUAGUACUGCCUAUAUCACUCUGUCUAAUAGACAGGUUAGUACAGCAUAUAACACUCUGUCUAAUAGACAGGUUAGUACAGCUUAUAUCACUCUGUCUAAUAGACAGGUUAGUACAGCCUAUAUCACUCUGUCUAAUAGAAAGGUUAGUACAAGCCUAUAUCACUCUGUCUAAUAGACAGGUUAGUACUGCCUACGUAUAUCACACAAUCUAAUAGACAGGUUAGUACAGCCUAUAUCACUCUGUCUAAUAGACAGAUUAGUACAGCCUAUAUCACUCUGUCUAAUAGAAAGGUUAGUACAAGCCUAUAUCACUCUGUCUAAUAGACAGGUUAGUACUGCCUAUAUCACUCUGUCUAAUAGACAGGUUAGUACAGCCUAUAUCACUCUGUCUAAUAGACAGGUUAGUACAGCCUAUAUCACUCUGUCUAAUAGACAGGUUAGUACUGCCUAUAUCACUCUGUCUAAGAGAAAGGUUAGUACUGCCCAUAUUAUUAUCUAAUAGACAGGUUAGUACAGCCUAUAUCACACUGUCUAAUAGACAUUAUGUUAAUUCAGCCUAUAUCACUCUGUCUAAUAGACAGGUUAGUACAGCCUAUAUCACUCUGUCUAAUAGACAGGUUAGUACUGCCUAUAACACUCUGUCUAAUAGACAGGUUAGUACAGCCUAUAUGAUUAUCUAAUAGACGGGUUAGUACAGCUUAUAUCACUCUGUCUAAUAGACAGGUUAGUACUGACUAUAUCACUCUGUCUAAUAGACAUGUUAGUACAGCCUAUAUCACUCUGUCUAAUAGACAGGUUAGUACUGCCUACGUAUAUCACUAUCUAAUAAACAGGUUAGUACAGCCUAUAUCACUCUGUCUAAUAGACAGUUUAGUAUAGUCUAUAUCACUCUGUCUAAUAGACAGGUUAGUACAGCCUAUCACUCUGUCUAAUAGACAGGUUAGUACAGCCUAUCACUCUGUCUAAUAGACAGGUUAGUACAGCCUAUCACUCUGUCUAAUAGAAAGGUUAGUACAGCCUAUAUCACUCUGUCUAAUAGACAGUUUAGUAUAGUCUAUAUCACUCUGUCUAAUAGACAGGUUAGUACAGCCUAUCACUCUGUCUAAUAGACAGGUUAGUACAGCCUAUAUGACUCUGUCUAAUAGACAGGUUAGUACUGCCUAUAUCACUCUGUCUAAUAGACAGGUUAGUACAGCCUAUAUCACUCUGUCUAAUAGACAGGUUAGUACAGUCUAUAUCACUGUCUAAUAGACAGGUUAGUACAGCCUAUAUCACUCUGUCUAAUAGACAGGUUAGUACAGCCUAUAUCACUGUCUAAUAGACAGGUUAGUACUUCCUAUAUCACUCUGUCUAAUAGACAGGUUAGUACUGCCUAUAUGACUCUGUCUAAUAGACAGGUUAGUACAGCCUAUAUCACUGUCUAAUAGACAGGUUAGUACAGCCUAUAUCACUCUGUCUAAUAGACAGGUUAGUACUGCCUAUAUCACUCUGUCUAAUAGACAGGUUAGUACUGCCUAUAUCACUCUGUCUAAUAGACAGGUUAGUACAGCCUAUAUCACUGUCUAAUAGACAGGUUAGUACUUCCUAUAUCACUCUGUCUAAUAGACAGGUUAGUACAGCCUAUAUGACUCUGUCUAAUAGACAGGUUAGUACUUCCUAUAUCACUCUGUCUAAUAGACAGGUUAGUACUGCCUAUAUGACUCUGUCUAAUAGACAGGUUAGUACAGCCUAUAUCACUGACUAAUAGACAGGUUAGUACAGCCUAUAUCACUCUGUCUAAUAGACAGGUUAGUACAGCCUAUAUGACUCUGUCUAAUAGACAGGUUAGUACAGCCUAUAUCACUGUCUAAUAGACAGGUUAGUACUGCCUAUAUGACUCUGUCUAAUAGACAAGUUAGUACUGCCUAUAUCACUCUGUCUAAUAGACAGGUUAGUACUGCCUAUAUGACUCUGUCUAAUAGACAGGUUAGUACUGCCUAUAUCACUCUGUCUAAUAGACAGGUUAGUACAGCCUAUAUCACUCUGUCUAAUAGACAGGUUAGUACAGCCUAUAUCACUCUGUCUAAUAGACAGGUUAGUACAGACUAUAUAAAUCUGUCUAAUACAGGUUAGUACUGCCUAUAUGAUUAUCUAAUAGACAGGUUAGUACUGACUAUAUCACUCUGUCUAAUAGACAGGUUAGUACUGCCUAUAUGAUUAUCUAAUAGACAGGUUAGUACUUCCUAUAUCACUCUGUAUAAUAGACAGUUUAGUACAGCCUAUAUCACUCUGUCUAAUAGACAUGUAAGUACUGUCUACGUAUAUCACUAUCUAAUAGACAGGUUAGUACAGCCUAUAUCACUCUGUCUAAUAGACAGGUUAGUACAGCCUAUAACACUGUCUAAUAGACAGGUUAGUACAGCCUAUAUGACUAUCUAAUACACAGGUUAGUACAGCCUAUAUCACUCUGUCUAAUAGACAGGUUAGUACAGCCUAUAUGUCUCUGUCUAAUAGACAGGUUAGUACAGUCUAUAUCACACACUAUCUAAUAGACAGGUUAGUACAGCCUAUAUCACUCUGUAUAAUAGACAGUUUAGUACUGCCUAUAUCACUCUGUCUAAUAGACAGGUUAGUACAUCCUAUAUCACUCUGUCUAAUAGACGGGUUAGUACAGCAUAUAUCACUCUGUCUAAUAGACAGGUUAGUACUGCCUAUAUCACUCUGUCUAAUAGACAGGUUAGUACUGCCUAUAUCACUCUGUCUAAUAGACAGGUUAGUACUGCCUAUAUCACUCUGUCUAAUAGACAGGUUAGUACAUCCUAUAUCACUCUGUCUAAUAGACGGGUUAGUACAGCAUAUAUCACUGUCUAAUAGACAGGUUAGUACAGCUUAUAUCUCUCUGUCUAAUAGACGGGUUAGUACAGCAUAUAUCACUCUGUCUAAUAGACAGGUUAGUACAGCCUAUAUCACUCUCUCUAAUAGAAAGGUUAGUACUGCCUAUAUGAUUAUCUAAUAGACAGGUUAGUACAGCCUAUAACACUCUGUCUAAUAGACAGGUUGGUACAGCAUAUAUCACUCUGUCUAAUAGACAGGUUAGUACGCCUAUAUCACUCUGUCUAAUAGACAGGUUAGUACAGCCUAUAUGAUUAUCUAAUAGACAGGUUAGUACAUUCCUAUAUCACUCUGUCUAAUAGACAGGUUGUAGUAUCCUGUCAAAUAGACGUUGUCCUAAUGUCAGACAGGUUAGUACAGCCUAUAUGUUAUCUAAUAGACAGGUUAGUACUCCUAUAUCACACUUAUAAUAGACAGUUUAGUACAGCCUAUAUCACUCUGUUAAUAGACAGUUUAGUACAGCCUAUAAUCACUGUCUAAUAGACAGUUAGUACAGCUAUAUCCUUGUCUAAUAGACAGGUUAGUACAGUCCUAUAUCACUAGUCUAAUAGACAGGUUAGUACAGCCUAUAUCACUGUUAAUAGAAAGUUAGUACGCCUAUAUCAUUUCUAAUAGACAGGUUAGUACUGACUAUAUCACUGUCUAAUAGACAGGUUAGUACGCCUAUAUCACUCUGUCUAAUAGACAGGUUAGUACAGCCUAUAUCACCUGUCUAAUAGAAAGGUUAGUACUGCCUAUAUCAUUAUCUAAUAGACAGGUAGUACAGCCUAUAUCACUUGUCUAAUAGACAGGUUAGUACAGCCUAUACACUGUCUAAUAACAGGUUAGUACAGCCUAUAUCACUGUCUAAUAGACAGGUUAGUACAGCCUAUAUCACUCUGUCUAAUAGACAGGUUAGUACAGCCUAUACACCUUCUAAUAGACAGGUUAGUACAGCCUAUAACACUGUCUAAUAGACAGGUUAGUACAGCCUAUAUCACUCUGUCUAAUAGACAGGUGAGUACAGCCUAUAUCACUCUGUCUAAUAAAACAGGUUAGUACUGCCUAUAACCUGUCUAAUAUACAGGUUAGUACAGCCUAUAUGUCUCUGUCUAAUAGACGGGUUAGUACUGCCUAUAUCACCCUCUCUAAUAGACAGGUUAGUACAGCCUCUAUCACUCUGUCUACUAGACAGGUUAGUACUGCCUAUAACACUGUCUAAUAGACAGGUUAGUACAGCCUAUAUCACUCUGUCUAAUAGACAGGUUAGUACUGCCUAUAUCACUCUGUCUAAUAUACAGGUUAGUACAGCCUAUAACACUGUCUAAUAGACAGGUUAGUACAGCCUAUAUCACUCUGUCUACUAGACAGGUUAGUACUGCCUAUAUCACUCUGUCUAAUAGACAGGUUAGUACAGCCUAUAUCACUCUGUCUAAUAGACAGGUUAGUACAGCCUAUAUCACUCUGUCUAAUAGACAGGUUAGUACAGCCUAUAACACUGUCUAAUAGACAGGUUAGUACAGCCUAUAUCACUCUGUCUAAUAGACAGGUUAGUACAGCCUAUAUCACUCUGUCUAAUAGACAGGUGAGUACAGCAUAUAUCACUCUGUCUAAUAGAAAGGUUAGUACAGCCUAUAUCACUCUGUCUAAUAGAAAGGUUAGUACAGCCUAUAUGAUUAUCUAAUAGACAGUUUAGUACUGCCUAUAUCACUCUGUCUAAUAGACAGGUUAGUACAGCCUAUAUGUCUCUGUCUAAUAGACAGGUUAGUACUGCCUAUAUGAUUAUCUAAUAGACAGGUUAGUACUUCCUAUAUCACUCUGUAUAAUAGACAGUUUAGUACAGCCUAUAUCACUGUCUAAUAGACAGGUUAGUACAGCCUAUAUCACUAUGUCUAAUAGACAGGUUAGUACAGCCUAUAUCACUGUCUAAUAGAAAGGUUAGUACUGCCUAUAUGAUUAUCUAAUAGACAGGAUAGUACUGACUAUAUCACUCUGUCUAAUAGACAGGUUAGUACUAGCUAUAUCACUCUGUCUAAUAGACAGGUUAGUACAGCCUAUAACACUGUCUAAUAGACAGGUUAGUACUGCCUACGUAUAUCACACAAUCUAAUAGAUGGGUUAGUACAGCCUAUAUCACUCUGUCUAAUAGACAGGUUAGUACAGCCUAUAUCACUCUGUCUAAUAGACAGGUUAGUACAGCCUAUAACACUGUCUAAUAGACAGGUUAGUACAGCCUAUAACACUGUCUAAUAUACAGGUUAGUACAGCCUAUAUCACUCUGUCUAAUAGACAGGUUAGUACAGCCUAUAUCACUCUGUCUAAUAGACAGGUUAGUACAGCCUAUAACACUGUCUAAUAGACAGGUUAGUACAGCCUAUAACACUGUCUAAUAGACAGGUUAGUACAGCCUAUAUCACUGUCUAAUAGACAGGUUAGUACAGCCUAUAUCACUCUGUCUAAUAGACAGGUUAGUACAGCCUAUAUCACUAUGUCUAAUAGACAGUUUAGUACAGUCUAUAUCACUCUGUCUAAUAGACAGGUUAGUACAGCCUAUAUCACUCUGUCUAAUAGACAGGUUAGUACUGCCUAUAUCACUCUGUCUAAUAGACAGGUUAGUACAGCCUAUAUCACUAUGUCUAAUAGACAGGUUAGUACAGCCUAUAUCACUCUGUCUAAUAGACAGGUUAGUACUGCCUAUAUCACUCUGUCUGAUAUACAGGUUAGUACAGCCUAUAUCACUCUGUCUAAUAGACAGGUUAGUACUGCUUAUAUCACUCUGUCUAAUAGACAGGUUAGUACAGCCUAUAUCACUCUGUCUAAUAGACAGGUGAGUACAGCCUAUAUCACUCUGUCUAAUAGAAAGGUUAGUACUGCCUAUAACACUGUCUAAUAUACAGGUUAGUACAGCCUAUAUGUCUCUGUCUAAUAUACAGGUUAGUACUGCCUAUAUCACCCUCUCUAAUAGACAGUUUAGUACAGUCUAUAUCACUUUGUCUAAUAGACAGGUUAGUACUGCCUAUAUCACUCUGUCUAAUAGAAAGGUUAGUACUGCCUAUAACACUGUCUAAUAUACAGGUUAGUACAGCCUAUAUGUCUCUGUCUAAUAUACAGGUUAGUACAGCCUAUAUGUCUCUGUCUAAUAGACGGGUUAGUACUGCCUAUAUCACCCUCUCUAAUAGACAGUUUAGUACAGUCUAUAUCACUUUGUCUAAUAGACAGGUUAGUACAGCCUAUAUCACUCUGUCUAAUAGAAAGGUUAGUACUGCUAUAAUCACUCUGUCUAAUAAAAGUUAGUACUCCUAUAUGAUUAUCUCAUAGACAAGGGAGUACAGCCUACAUAUUCAACUAUCUACUAACAGGUGAGUACAGCCGAUAUCACUAUUCCUAAUAGAAAGGAGGACAGCUAUAUCACCUGUCUAAUAGAACAGGUUAGUACUUCGGCUAUAUCACUCUGUCUUAAUAACAGUUUAGUCCAGCCUAUAUCACUCUGCUCUGUCCUAAUAGACAGGUUAGUACAGCCUAUAACACGUCUAACACAGGUUAGUACAGCCUAUAUCACUCGCCGCUACUAGACAGGUAGACUGCCUAUAACCUGUCUAUAGACGGUUAGACACCUAUAUCACUCCUGUCUAAUAGACCAGGUUUAGUACAGCCCUAUAUCACUCUGUCUAAUAGACAGGUUAGUACAGCCUAUAUCACUAUGUCUAAUAGACAGGUUAGUACUGCCUAUAUCACUCUGUCUAAUAGACAGGUUAGUACAGCCUAUAUCACUCUGUCUAAUAGACAGGUUAGUACAGCCUAUAUCACUCUGUCUAAUAGACAGGUUAGUACAGCCUAUAACACUGUCUAAUAGACAGGUUAGUACAGCCUAUAUCACUCUGUCUAAUAGACAGGUUAGUACAGCCUAUAUCACUAUGUCUAAUAGACAGGUGAGUACAGCCUAUAUCACUCUGUCUAAUAGAAAGGUUAGUACUGCCUAUAACACUCUGUCUAAUAGAAAGGUUAGUACUGCCUAUAUGAUUAUCUAAUAGACAGGUUAGUACUGACUAUAUCACUCUGUCUAAUAGACAGGUUAGUACUGCCUAUAUCACUCUGUCUAAUAGAAAGGUUAGUACUGCCUAUAUCACUCUGUCUAAUAGACAGGUUAGUACUGCCUAUAUCACUCUGUCUAAUAGAAAGGUUAGUACUGCCUAUAACACUCUGUCUAAUAGAAAGGUUAGUACUGCCUAUAUCACUCUGUCUAAUAGAAAGGUUAGUACUGCCUAUAUCACUCUGUCUAAUAGAAAGGUUAGUACUGCCUAUAUCACUCUGUCUAAUAGACAGGUUAGUACAGCCUAUAUCACUCUGUCUAAUAGAAAGGUUAGUACUGCCUAUAACACUCUGUCUAAUAGAAAGGUUAGUACUGCCUAUAUGAUUAUCUAAUAGACAGGUUAGUACUGCCUAUAUCACUCUGUCUAAUAGAAAGGUUAGUACUGCCUAUAUCACUCUGUCUAAUAGACAGGUUAGUACUGACUAUAUCACUCUGUCUAAUACACAGGUUAGUAUUGCCUAUAUGACGGUAGUGUGUUCAUUGUGUUAAAGUUUAUUUCACUCUGCCUAAUAGACAGGUUAGUACAAGUAAUCUAAUACUCUUAUAGUCAGUGGUUAAAACUGAACCCACACAUAUCUCUUUUGCUAUCAGACACUCUCUCUCAAAGGGGCCACGGGUUGGUCCUACCAGGCCCACUCCAGGCCUCUGCCACCGACCAGGGAAUGGGCGAGGAGGGGGGGAAGGGACCCCAGAACACCUCAGAGACUGUGGACCUGAGUGACCCUAACAAGCACUGCCGCCUGUGUGCCGCCUCGUUCAACAACCCCCACAUGGCCCAGCAGCACUACGCUGGCCGCAAGCACCAGAGGAACCACUCCCGCCAGCAGCUGCUCAAAGACCUGGGAGAAGACCCAGCACAAGGUACCCAUGCCCUACGCUGUCAGUCUGUCUGUGGUCAUGGACCGGUCAAUGAAAUGGGUGGAAAGGAAAGCAUGCCAGUAAAGGAAAGGAAGCAAUUGUCCGAGAAAUUGGGCCAAGGCUUUUAACCCCUCAAAUAGCUCUGUCUCCUCCCAAAAUGGGUGUGUGUUGUGGGUUUCUGUCUCCUCUGAGGAGUAAUUAUACUAUUCUGUCCACUUUUCCUCUGUCUGCAGCCAACUCCUUUACAUGUCCGGUGUGUAACAUUAAGCUUGACUCUGUGGAGAUGUACCACGCUCACAUGCAAGGAAACAAGCACCAGAUCAAGUAAGAGGACAACCACAUUCAUUUUGACCUCAUACAUUUUGUUCACUUUGUUUCCCCAAAACAGAUCAUUUUCACUAUAAGUUAUCAUCUCUGCACUAUGUCAAAAUAUGUAACCCUUUGGCUCUCACCCUGUGCCCCAACAGAGAGAAGAAGGUUGUUGACCUAUGCAAGUCUCAGAAGAAGGUGUAUGAUUCAUUCGCAGAUGAAUUGGCUGACUACAUCCACGUGCAGAAGGCCCGCGGGAUAGCCCCAAAAACCAGCUUCGGGGCUACCGAGGAAGAGGAAGAGGGAGAAGGAGAAGGAGCGAACCUUGGCAAGGUUGACAGUCAGAAUAAAACCACCUUGGGCAUUCCUCCUUCUUCCCGCUCUCCUCUUCCUCUCACCUCUCUGCAUCCUGCUUCUACCUUUUAUCCUCCUCCCCUUUGGUGCCCGCCCUAUCAGGCUCCUCCCACUCACUUUGGGUUCAGGGGGAGCGCCUAUGAGCAGACAGCCUGGGGCCACACUUUCCCUCAGCCCUUCCUCCCCGGAUCUGCUCCAGCAGGCUUUAUUGGCUGGCCUAAAGCCAGGGGGAGGGGCAAGGAAUGUUCAAGCUCUUCCUCUUCCUACACAAGGUCCUCAUCUUCCUACAGCAGCAGCAGUGACAGUAGUGACAGCAGUGACAGUGACUACAGGCACAGAGAGAGGAAGAAGAGGAAGAUGAGGAAGGAGAGAGGGAGGAGGGCGAGAGAGGAGGACUCGGAGGAGAGGAAGAGGAGGAGGAGAGGGAAGAAUAUAAGAGACGACGACACAGAAGGGAGAAGAGGAAGAGAGCAUGACGAAGAAGCGGAGGAAGAGAGGAGGAGGAGGAGGAGGAGGAGGAGGAGAAAAAGACUGCACUAUAGUAGCAGGAGUCACAGGGAGGGACACAGGGCAAAGAAACGCCGGGAAGAGGAGGAGGAGGAAGAAGAAGAAGAAGAAGGAAGGAAGCAGGAGAAAGAAGAGAGUACAGAGGAAAGGGUGGGAGGAGAAGGAGAGGAGAAGGAGGUGCAUAUUCAGGCUGAGAUUCAGGAAGAGAUGGAAGAGAGGGAACAGGCCAAGGAGACUAAGGCCAAACACAGGAAAGACAAGAAGAAGACGAAGGAGAAAGUGGACACCAGGACAGAGGAGGAAAAGCUAUGGGAUGAGUCCAUCAUAGGCUUGUGA